GCGUCUCUCUCUCUCUCCACUGCUUCUCACGCUUUAUCUUGCUGUUCACGAUUGUAGUCGAAGAUCAAACCUUGAGCGGCGUAGGUUGGUGGAGGAGGGCGAUUGCUUUCUCCCAUGGCCGAGACCGUUGGCAAUCUUUGCCGGAAGAUGCACGGCGGCGAAGGGUUUGACACCCUAACCCUCGAUCUCUUCUCCAGGGCCCCGAGUCCUGCUCCCUGCUCCUACUCCAAGCCGGCGAAGCGACCUCGAGUCGACGGUGCUGUCACUAUGGGGAAGGACGAGGAUCGACAGAAUCCCUUCGAUUUUCUGUCCGAGGAAAUUCUUUUCCUGAUCUUGGACCGCUUGGAAUCCGAACCGCUGAGCAAGAAAUCGUUCUCGCUCGUAUGCAGAUCUUUCUACACCGCCGAAUCUUGCCACCGUCGGGAACUCACGCCGCUCCGCUCUGGUCUCCUUCCGGCUGCCCUCGCUCGCUACCCCUCUGUCGAAAAGGUGGACCUCUCACUCUGCCCUACUGUUACCGACACCGUUCUCUUCUCUGUUGGGAACUGCCUACGGUCGUCGCUGCGCUCGAUUGAUCUUUCGCGGUCCAAGGGUUUUUCGCAUGCUGGGAUCGAGAGCGUGGUGGAGAAUUGUGCGAAUCUGGUAGAGAUGAAUCUGUCAAACGCCACGGAUCUGAGCGAUGCGGCCGCUGCCGCGAUUGGGCGAGCGAGGAAUCUCGAGAGGCUGUGGUUGGCAAGGUGUAAAUUGGUCACGGAUAUGGGGAUUGGAUGCAUCGCCGUUGGCUGCCAGAAGCUGAAGCUACUCUGCUUGAAAUGGUGCUUAGGGAUUUCAGAUUUGGGGGUUGCGUUGGUGGCUGUGAAGUGUAAACAACUACGCAAUUUAAAUCUUUCCUUCACGCUGGUAACAGGGGCAGGGCUUGAAGUAGUCCUGCAAUUACCAUAUCUUGAAGAUUUGGCUUUAGUUGGAUGCCUCUGUAUAGAUGAUGGCAGCCUCCUAUCUUUGAAGCACGAGUGCAAGUCGCUACAAGUGCUAAAUUUGUCAAACUCUCAACCUAUUAAUCAUGCUGGAUUGUCUUCCUUGUUAAAUAUCACUGUAGGUUUACGCCAACUAAACAUGGCAUACUGUUGCAUGGUAACCCAUUCACUUACCAGUAGCUUUCGAAAGCUCGCCAAAUUGCAGUCUGUCAAGUUAGAUGGUUGUGAAGUCACAACAGCUGGAUUAAAAACAAUUGCAAACGCCUGUGUAUCUUUGACUGAACUUAGCCUGAGAAAGUGUUCAGGAGUUACAGAUGAUGGUCUUUCUUCUAUCGUCAUGAAAAAUAAGGGGUUGACUAAUUUGGAUAUUACAUGCUGUGGCAACAUAACUGAUCUCUCCCUUGCUAACAUUACUAGUUCAUGCACUUCCCUCAUCACCCUUCAGAUGGAAUCAUGCACUCUAGUAUCUAAGGAGGGUUUCCGUCUGAUUGGUCAGCAUUGUCACCUCCUGGAGCAUCUUGAUCUCACAGAUAACGAAUUGGAUGAUGAAGGACUAAAAGCAUUCUCAGGAUGUCACAAGCUGUCAAUCUUAAAAAUUGGCAUAUGCUUGAAAAUUAGUGAUGAAGGUCUUAUUCACAUUGCAAAAAAUUGUCCAAAGCUCCGAGAGCUUGAUUUGUACAGAUCUGCAGGAGUAAAGGAUGCAGGUAUUAGGGCAAUAGCUCAUGGCUGCCCACAAUUGCAGAUCACCAAUCUAGCAUAUUGUACAUGGAUAACAGAUGCUUCACUAAGAGCCUUAUCAAAGUGCUCAGAUUUGAACACACUGGAAAUUCGAGGCUGUCCUCAAGUUUCCUCUGCAGGUGUUAUAGCUAUUGCUGUGGGCUGCCCUAAACUUACAAAGCUUGACAUCAAGAAAUGCUAUUAUGUGAAUGAUGCUGCAAUGCUUAUUCUUGCACGCUUUUCUCGGAAUCUUCACCAGAUAAACUUGUCUUACUGUUCGAUAACCAAUGUGGGACUUUUAGCACUUGCAAGUGUUGGCUGCCUCCAGAACAUGACAAUUUUACAUUUAAAGGGGCUAACACCAAAUGGUUUGGCAGCUGCUUUGUUGGCAUGUGGAGGUCUAACAAAAGUGAAACUCAACUCCUCUUUUAAACCGUUAAUUCCAAGGCCUCUGCUUGAACAUGUAGAGGAACGGGGGUGUGUGUUUCAGUGGAUAGACAAGCCUUUUCAGGUUGAACUGGAAUCGAGCGAAAUCUGGGCGAAGCAAUUGGAGGAAAUGCGUGCUUGAAGAAUGAGCUUUCGUCUUCGAGAAUCCAUAUGCGGAAGGAUUUUGUUUACUACAGAAAGAAAAUGAUCCGAGUGGGAUGCAGAUUCCAAAUCUGAAUCUUUUGGGGUUGCUGACUAGUAGUCCUGUCGACCAAAGUGGUCUAGGACCCAAACCUAAUGGUCUCCCAAUCUGGUUCCCAUAGAUUCCAUAGAUAUUUUAUGUUAGGCCAUGUUGGAGCUUAUGUCCUUUAGCGACUAUCUGGUAUGGCCCAGGUUCACUAUGCGGAUCUUGCUGGAUAAUACUCUUCAGAUUUAUAGCACAAUGGUUGAGCCAUAUAGAGUUACUGAAGCAAGACUUUCGAAUUCAAAGGGGAAUAUAUAUUCAGAUAUAAAUGUAGGAGAAUUCUAAGA